UGGUGCUCUGUUUCCCUCGGACACAGCGGAUCACCGAUCAACAGAAAGAGCCGAAGAUGUCGGCUCGGUCAUGUGAUCAGCUGUGUCCAAUCACAGCUGAUCACAUGGGACAUGUACACUGAUCAUCAGGGGACUGAUGAUCAGUGUGCCCUGAUAAUCAGUUUAGCCCCAGCAGUGCCACUUGUCAGUGCCCAGCAAUUCCAGCUGUCAGUGCUCAUCAAUGCCACCUGCCAGUGCCCAUCAGUGCCACAUAUCAGUGCCUACCAGUGCACAUAUCAGUGCCCAUCUGAGCUGCCUUUCAGUGCCACCUAUCAGUGCCAGUCAGUGCCACCUAUCAAUGCCAGUCAGUGCCACCUAUCAGUGCUGCCAAUCAGUGCCACCUAUCAGUGUCAGUCAGUGCCGCCUAUCAGUGCCACUUAUCAGUGCCCGUCAAUGCUGCCUAUCAGUGCCGCCUAACAGUGCC